AUGGUGCCGCCUAGGAAAAGGGUCCGGCAAGAUGGCACGGAUGAGUCUGACGAGGAAGUACUCCAACCCACUUCCCCAGGCGAUAUCACGGUCGCCAUCUUCUGCGCCCUUGUGGAAGAGUCCGCAGCUGUCAGAUAUACACUGGACGAAGAGUUUACUUGCAAGGCUUCCGGCAAGCAGAGCUACGUCUACACGUAUGGCCGCAUCAGCGAGCAUAAGGUCGUUAUUGCCGAGCCGGUCGAAAUGGGAACAGUCAAUGCAGCACACUGCGCUGCAUACGUCAGUCAUCAAUUCCCCAACGUCCGCCUUGCCUUGAUGGUCGGCAUCGGCGCGGGCAUCCCUAGCAAACAACUUGACAUUCGCCUUGGCGACGUUGCUAUCAGCGUUCCUCGAGACGACCAGCCCGGUGUCGUCCAGUAUGACUAUGGCAAAUACGAGAAUGGCGGCUUCACACGAAAAGGGACACUAAACAAGCCGCCGCGCGUCUUGUUGAGUGCCAUUCGCUCGCUGGAGGGUGAUGAGCUCCGUGGCGGAUCUCCCAUCAGAAAAGUAUUACGACACAUCAUCAAGCAAAACGACAUGUUCCGGCGACCCGACAGCGAAGAUAUCCUGUUUAGCGACACAUUCCCACACGUGCAGAAGGGACAAGACUGCAGCGCUUGCCUGACUUCAGGCGACCAGGAGAUUGUGCGCCGCCACACGCGCUCGUUGCCCACUCAGCCUUUCACACAUCGAGGACUCAUCUUAUCAGGCAGUGGCGUUGUCAAGAAUCCCGAAGACCGCGAACAACUGACUCGAGGGUACCAAAGUGCCAUAUGCUUCGAGAUGGAAGCGGCUGGAAUCAUGGACGAGCUUCCAUGCUUGGUGAUCCGCGGUAUAAGCGAUUAUGCCGACACGCACAAGCACGACGAGUGGCGCUGCUAUGCGGCGGCCACUGCGGCAGCUUAUUGCAAGGCUGUCCUUCAGAAGGUGCCUGGCGGAGAUGUGGAGGAGAUUCCUCUGAUGCGUGCGAUAAUAGAUGAGAGUUAG